AUGGAUGCCCGCGAGGAUAGAGAUGUUCAACAGCAACAGAAAGCACGAGCAGAUGAGUGGAAGUUAGAACAGGGUUUCGCACCUCGGGAUGGCGGAAUUGGCGAUAAAGACAUCGACACCUUUCUUACCAUUGAAAGCAGAUUUCCAGAUGGCAAGAGAAACGGCAUCGACCCAAACGUCGCGUUUGCGGAAGAAAAAGAAGGCUGGAAAGGCUACAUCGAAUGGGAGAAGUAUCCCGAGAAGAGAGCACAAGCAGCCUCCAUUCUCGCGAACUUCAAGUUCCCACCACCUCCAGAAUUCCAAUUGGCGCCUGUUCCAGAUACCAAUCCUGUGCUUGAAGGUAUCAGGUGGAAAUUAUGGCAUAAGGCUGUGGGAGGCACGCUUACGGAUGUUCCGGAGUUGAGUUGGAAGGUGGUGUUGAAGGAGAAACAUCCGGAUAUGUUGCAUUUGUUACAAUUCCCUUAUAAUGGAGAGUCGCCAAAACGUCUAACAACUGCUGAACCGAUCACACCUAAUCCGCUCCACUUUGUCCGUAAUCACGGCGGUAUCCCAGAUAUUGAUCCUGAAAAGUAUACUCUAGAACUCGAUGGUCUGGUCAAGAAUCCACAGACUUUGACACUGGCGGAUUUGAAGAAUGAAGAGCUGUUCCCUCGCCAAUCUAAUCUGGUUACUAUUCAAUGCAGUGGUACCCGUCGAAUUGAACAGAUUUCAGAGUACGCGGGUGAGGGUGAUGAGAUGAUCAAUGCGCCUUGGGCUGAGGGUGCCAUUGGUACUGCAAAAUGGACUGGUGUUAGUCUGAAGAAAGUGAUCAAGCACUGUGGGGGUCUUGUAGAUGGGGCGAAGCAUCUGGAAUUUUAUGGUGCGGAAACGUAUUUCAAGCAUAACGAAGUUCAAAACUACGUCGUCUCAGUCCCAUGGUCAAAGGUCAAGCUAAACGAAGUCUUACUCGCUUGGGAAAUGAACGACGAACCCCUCCCCAAAAUCCACGGCUUCCCUCUCCGCGUAGUCGUCUUCGGCUACAUUGGCGCACGCUCAGUAAAAUGGCUCUACCGCAUCAAAGCCAUCCAAAAGCCCUCUCGCGCCCCCGUCCAAUCCAAAGAAUACCUCUACUUCAACGGGCAAGUCGGCAAGCACAACCAGACCCUCACCCAGGGCAUCCAAAUCCAGGAAAUGCCCGUCAGCAGCGCCAUCAUGUCACCCUGGCAAAAAGACGUCGUCAUCCACGACGGCAAGAUAACCGUCAAAGGCUGGGCCUACUCGGGCGGCGGUCGCUGGCCCGAACGCGUCGAGGUCUCUCCGGACGGCGGCUUCCUCUGGUAUCCUGUGCCCGUCGACAACAUGUCCAAGAAACACAAAUUCGCAUGGCGGACCUGGGAGGUGGAGAUCCCCGUCGACGCGGAGGGCUGGACGGAACUCGUGUGUCGCUGCUGGGACAACUCGCUGAACACGCAGCCGACGUUUGUGCGGAGCGCGUGGAAUUGGGGGUUGCAUGUCACGUCCAGCUGUCAUCAUGUCAAGAUUUAUUCAGUCAAUACGAGUAAACCGCUUACGAAGAUGCGGAUGCAGGAGUUUAAGGAUAAGGGAGUUCCGUUUGAACCGCUUACGAGACCGACGGAGUUUGCGACGCAGAGUAUGGAGGAGUAUGAGAAUUUCUGGGCGACGCAUGAUCCAAGGGAUGUGGAUGAUUAG